GCCCGGGCGGCGAGGCGCUGCCGCGGCGCUGCGCUGAGCUGGCCCUGCUGCGCUUCGCCCCGCUCCUGCCCGCCUACGUGUGGCAGCGGCAGCCGUUCCGCCUGCGCUACGUGCCGCGCCGCGGGGCUGCUGAGCCGCCCCUCCUCGAUGUGCCCCGUCCAGGCGCACAUCGGCGGCACCACCGUGUUCGGGGAUAACGUGGAGGAUGAGUGGUUCAUUGUGUACCUGCUCCGGGAGAUCACCAGGGAGUUCCCGGGGCUGGCAGCCAGGAUUGAUGACAACGAUGGAGAGUUUCUCUUGAUAGAAGCUGCUGAUUUUCUCCCAAAGUGGCUGAAUCCUGAGAACAGUGAAAACAGGGUGUUCUUUUACAAAGGAGAGCUGCACAUCAUUCCGCUGUCGGAGCCUUCGGAGCAGGACUGGCCCCUCUCUGCUCCCUGUCCCACGGUGCCGCAGGCGCUGGCGCUGUUAUCCACCCGCUCCGAGGAGUUCCUGGCUGCAGAGCCCAUCAGAGCUGCUCUGUACAAACACAUCCAAGGGUAUCCCGAGCGGAUCCAGGCCUCGCUGCACCGAGCCCGCUGCUUCCUCCCGGCCGGAAUCGUGGCCGUGCUGAGGCUGCGCCCGUCCCUGGUGGCUGCGGCAGUCCAGGCCUUUUACCUGCGGGAUGCGGGCGAUUUACGGGCCUGUCGGCGCCCCUUCAGAGCCUUCCCUGCCGAGCAGCGAGUGAUGGCCCUGGUAAGUGCUCUCUGGAGCCGCUGAUGGCCCUGCUGUGCUCCUCUAAAGCCUUUGAUACCCUGGUAUGUGCUCUUCUAACUCACUUAAUUCCCUUCUGUCACUGACAAGGGUUCUGUGGCCAGUGGUAUAAACACAAAGAUUUAACUUAAAACUGCCAGUUUUCUGUUGUUUUUUUCCUUUCUGGCUCUAGAGAUUAAUUUCCAGGUUAUUACAUUUAUAGCUUCUCUGGGUCAAUGUGGCUGGACUUUGAAGGGGCUGAUAAUGAGACAAUUGUUUCUGUAACCAGAGGUUGUGAUUAUAUUUCCUCUGCUGAAGUGCCUACUUGAGUAAUUUGAUCUCCUUGUGUGAUCAGAGCAGUUUGACAGCACUGCCAGCCAAAAUGAGGAGUUGCUUCUAACCAGUGGUUCUCUUCAAGGCCUUCCACUGUUGCAGAAUUUCUGAGAGACAGAAGUCAUGAUUUAUGUUUGGAAUAAGGUUUGAGCUACCCAGUCAGACUAGGCCCUGAUAAGCGGCUUUGAUGGGGUCUCGAAGCCUUUGAUGCAGUGAGAAUUCAGUUGUGGCGCAGAUAGAAAUUGUAUUAAGGUAACUACAAAGUAAUCAGCUAUCUGAGCAUGAAUUAGAGUAGAG